AUGGUCAUUCUCUCUACUCUCGCGCUGUGGGCAAGCCUGUUACACCUCGCGCUGGCACUUACACCACCGCUCGUGCCCUUGGAGAGCGUCCCCGGUGGAGCCGGAAACAACAAUUGCGUAAACACGCGCCAGAGUCGUGGAUGCUGGAAGGGAGACUUCAACAUCUACACGGACUACGACGCGAGGAUACCCAAGGGAAGACUGCGGGAGUACCACCUCACUCUGUCCGAGAAGGAGAUUGCGGUGGACGGAUAUCACGCAAACAAGACUGUGUUCAAUGGACAGUAUCCCGGACCCCUUAUUGAAGCUGAUUGGGGCGACACGAUUCGCGUCACCGUUCACAACAAUCUGACCAACUUCAACGGCACGGCGGUUCAUUGGCACGGCAUUCGGAUGUUUGAGACCAACUGGCAGGACGGUGUACCCGGGGUGACGCAAUGUCCGAUCAAGCCCGGGUCCUCUCAGACAUACGAGUUUCGCGCGAUGCAGUAUGGGUCAUCGUGGUAUCACUCGCACUUUAGCCUGCAGUAUACAAACGGGGCCUACGGACCCCUCGUCAUCCAUGGCCCGUCCAGCGCCAACUGGGAUGUCGACCUCGGCCCCUGGCUGAUCUCGGACUGGUAUCACGACGACGCCUUCAGGCUUCUCUACUACGAGUUCCAGACGGACCGUGCGGCCAUCCCCAAUUCCAUGGUGCUAAACGGCAAAGGGCGCUUCAAUUGCAGCACCACCGACGACCCGAGGUGUACCGGCCGCCGGGACCUGUACACGACCGUCUUCCAACAAGGAACCAAGUACAAGAUCGCCAUCGCCAACACCGGUACGCUUCUGACCGAGACCUUUUGGAUCGACGGGCACAACUUCACCGUCAUCGCCAACGACUUCGUGCCUAUCGAACCGUACGAGACAAACGUGAUCACGCUCGGCAUCGGACAACGCUAUGAAAUUGUUGUGGAGGCCAAUGCCGACCUCAGCAACGGCACCGACUUCUGGAUCCACUCCCACUUCUGCGGCCUGCCCGAGCUCCUCGACAGCCGCGUGGGAAUCAUCCGCUACCGUGCCAACAGCACCGCCGAUCCCCCCACAGGGCCGCCCGCCCAUGUCAACUACGGGUGCGCCGACCCGGCGCCGGGCCUGCUCAAGCCCAUCGUGCGGCGCCAGGUGGGCAACCGCGUCAACAGUCUCGAGCCGAGCGACUACCUCAAGAUCGGGCUGCAGCACUGGCCCAACGUCAGCGACCCCAACAGCCGCAUCCACCGCUGGACAAUGCGCAACGUACCCAUGCAGCUCGACUGGCGGCAGCCCAGCCUCAAGAAGCUCACGCGCGGCGGCGGCAGCGACAAGCCCAGCAACAUCCCCAAGCUCUUCCCGCCCGAGACGGAGCCCACGGUGCUCGACUACGAGACGGGCGAGUGGGUCUACUUUGUCAUCACCAACAACUACACGGUCGAGGAGGCCCGGCCGCCGCGCACGCUGCCGCAGUCGGUGCACCCGAUCCACCUGCACGGGCACGACCUGGUGGUGCUGGCGCAGGGCGACGGCCCCUUCACCACGGACGUGGUGCCGCAGCUCAAUAACCCGGCCCGCCGCGACGUGGUCAACUGCCCGAUCGGCGGCUACGUGUGGAUCGCGUUCCAGAUCGACAACCCGGGCGCGUGGCUGAUCCACUGCCACAUCGCCUGGCACGCGAGCAGCGGGUUUGCGCUACAGUUUAUCGAGCAGCCGGGCAAGAUCAAGAAGCUGCUGCAGAAGAACAGGGCGCUGGGCCAGCUGGACGAGAGGUGUGACGAGUGGAGUCGGUGGUACACGACGGUCAAUGAGAAAGUUGGCGCCGUGCAGGAGGAUUCGGGGGUUUAG